UUGUCCUUUCAAGUUUUGUUCUCCAAUACGGAACUAGGAACGAAAAAUUUCUGAAGUACGAAUGAUAUUAGUACUCUCACCAAAUGGAGAACGGUGAUUCGGAUAAAUGGACUAAACCUAUAGAAGACGAGGUGUUGGUAUGAAACAAUGGCGAGGAGGCUUUGUUCCCGCCUUUCCAACUUUUCGUCUUUCUUUGGAAACCAUUCCCUUCAAAAAUACCCUUUGCAACCCUCUUUAAGAUUUUACUCUCUUUCUCUCUCAGCUGUUAGCAGGUCCAGGAAUCAUACCCUUGGUGGGUUGUCCUUUAGUUUUCAAGUGUGGCGGUCAUAUGCUCGAGGUGGACGUAACCAUUAUGAUCUCUUUGGUGGUAGGAAACCCGGUGACAAGGACUUUAGGAAAGCCUGGAAGAAACAGAUGGAUGAAGAUGAGUGUCUAUGGACAGGAAGUGAAGAUGAAAGCAAUUCGGAGAAGGGUCAAAGUCGUCUUGAAAAAGAAAUCAAGGAAGUAAGACGGAAGGCGAAGGAGCACUCAGACUUAAUCGAUGCUGAUGACAGUGAUGAAUUGUAUAGUGUUUGGUCAGGAAGUGACGAGGAGAAGACUCUGUGGACUGGCAGCGAAGAAGAUGAUGAUAAUGAUAUACCAACUGAACCCUAUCCAAGUGAAGCUAGUGAUAAGUAUAUUGAUAAAUUGUUUGAAUUUGAUGAGAAACCUAAAUAUCGAACCAUCUCAGAGCUUUUGAAAGCUGAAAAUGAGCCAGAAGAGCUGUCUCCUGGAAAGCAAGCUAGGAAGCUUGCAGUUGAGAAUGCAUUGAAAAAAUUGAAGAAGGGGCCAGAUGGGCGCUAUAUAAAUGUCUGGGAAGUCAUGAGUGAUAUAGAUAUACUUAUAGGGGCAUUUGAAAACAUUGUCUCGGGACCAGAAUAUGAGGAGCUUAGACAGGGAGGGCCUAAGAAAUUGAAUAUGGAGUUUUUCAAGGACAUACAAGCGCGCAUGAGAGAUCCAAAUUAUAAGUUCUCAUCUGAGAUAAAAUUGAAACCAAAGAGCAAACUGGUUUCAAGAAAGAAAUGGCAGAAGGCACAAUCAAGACGAAGGAAAGCACAAAAGCGCUGAGUUGUUAUCCUUACUUUUUAUGUCAACCCAGGUCAGUAUUGUAGUUCUUUCAUAUCAAAAACAAGUUAUAUUCUUUCUGUCUUCAUUUUUGCAUGAUAAAUUAAAACACAUUACUUUUGUGUGAUGUUUUCACAGGGUUUUAUGUAGGUCAUAAUUCUUAUAUGUUGUUUGUCUUCAAGAUAUUGGCUUCCAGUGACAUAAUUAUUUAGGCUUGCUCUCCAAUGUUGAUAUCUUUGAGUAGAAUAUCACCUUUUGUUUGUUGAA